AUGCCAUCAUUUUUGAGGCAACACAUAGUGUGGUUUUUGCCACUUUUGGUGCUGGAUUUUGUGUUGAUUGCAGUCUUAACAUGGCUUCUUGUUAGUAAAAUCAAAGAGUAUGAGGAUGAUGAGGAUGAUGAUGAUGAUGAUGGGAAUAUGCAAGUGCCUGCCACACUGUAUGUGGCUGCUGUUUUAGUUCCUUUGCUCUUGCUACUUUUCCCAAUACUUGUUCUUGUGGCACUCAAGUACUUCAAAGGAUUCUGGCUCAUUUCAGCCCUUACCAACAAGAGAAGGAAUGUUGUUCCUGGAAGACAAGUACAUGUACCACAAAGAGAAGCCCAGAGUGAAGUACCUUUGAGAAUCUUAGCAUCAGAACAACGUACUUCCCAUGAACCUUUGCAGCACUUGUAUGAUUUGCCUCCAUCUUAUGAUGAAGCUGUGGAAAAAGAACCAAGUGCACCACCAUCUCAAGAGUUGGUGCAGAAAGAACCACUCUGAGUUUUCUCCAGUGGUAAUUUUCUAUUUUGUGUGUGUGUGUGUAUGCUGAGAAAGAGAGAAUUACAACUCUGUUCUGUAGAAAA